AUGCCUGAUAAUUCUAACUACCCGGAUGAAAGGACUCCUGUCCCUCCUUCUUACUCCGAAUUCGAGGAAGCAAUGUUAGAGUGGGCUGACUUCAUGGGAGAGAGACAUGGCUGGUUUGACUUUGACCCCAUGCAGAACUACGACUUCAUGGCGCAUACCCCGGCACACAUUGAUCCGCAACUCGAUCGCCAACAGCACCCUCUGAAUUCGCCGACAGCCCACGCUGGACGUUCCUCCCAGGUGAGAGAACGCGCUGGCUCGACCCGCAACCUUCGCCGACAACAUUAUCCCUCUGCUGGACAUGUUCCAGGUCAACAGUCACCUGGCGCCCAGGUCACAUCGCCUCGUAGCAGGCACACUGCCCGCCCGGCUUUCGCCGCAGAGCAUCGCGAUAGGUGCAGUUGCCCCCCCUUCUGCAUCCCCCGGUCAUCUUUCACGGCUAACGGCAAAGGAAGAGCCGGGUCAACCCCCAGCCCCGUCCAGUGCAACUGGAGAGGUUGCGGUACUCGCCCGACCUUCAACCGGCCACUCGACCUCUGGCGACAUAUCAAAUCUCUUCAUCUAUGGCCGGGCUCUUACCGCUGCCCGGAUGAAGGAUGCGGCGAACUCUUCAACCGCAACGACAAUCGCCACGACCAUGCAAUGCGCAUGCACAGGCAGUAG